AUGAAGACCACCGUCGCCGUCGCUCUCCUCUCGGCCGCCGGCGGCGCCCUCGCCGCGCCCAAAACCAACAGCAACGUCCCCGUCGGUGGGCCGUUGCACACAAAGGUCGGCUCCUUUGCCGGCCAGCGCGUUGACUCGCCCUGGGGCGGCGGCGUCCAGGAAGGUCGCGGCUGGACCUUUGUCACGGGCACGACCAGGAUUCCCUCCAUCACCGGUCAAGACAGCUACGCCGGCACCGCCGCCUGGGUCGGCAUCGACGGCUACAGCUGCCAGAGCGCCAUUCUCCAAACCGGCGUCCAGGCCCACGGCGACGGCACCGUCCGCGCCUGGUACGAGUGGUGGCCCGAGCCCCCCGUCUACUACGACGACCAGUUCCCCGUCAAGGACGGCGACGUGAUUCGCAUGUCGGUCAACGCCACCUCGCCCACCUCGGGCACGUCGACGCUCGAGAACCUCACCACCGGUCGCCGCAUCACCACCCCGUACCGCGACAUGCGCGAGCCCCUCUGCCAGGCCGACGCCGAGUGGAUUCUCGAGUACGGCGGCGACUCGCAGACGUUUGCCGACUUUGGCGAGUGGGACUUCUACGACACCUACGCCGCCUCGCGCCAGGGCAGCAGCGUCGGUGCGGCCGGCAGCACCAUCACAAACGUCGCCAUUGACGGGCAGACCCUCACAGACUGCCGCGCCGACGGCCAAGGCGUGCAGUGUGCCUACAGCGGUUAG